UCAUAUCUAAGACGUCUUAUUCAAGUUUUGUUAAAAAUGACUGGCAGUGUGUCUUAUCGGAUUUUAUUUUUUAUUUUUGUUAAUGGCUCGUUCAAUAUGGCACAGGGAUCAACUUGGAGAGAGCUUUCGGUAAUCGAACCCUGUUUUGUUGGCAGAAACAUCAUUUUUCGUUUGAGCUAUGUACUUGGUAUGACGGAACCAAAAUCGCUCAGAAUGUAUGCACUGUUUCCAAACGGGAAGAUGUUUAAUGAAAUCAAAAUUGAUAGAGCAACAGUCGUCGGUGCGGAACUACACAUGCAAGUGAACAGUGUAAACAAGACAUGGGAUAAUGCAGUGGUGUAUGUUAAAGAUGGUUUUAACGUGUCAAGUACUUUUCAGCUAAGAUUAAAAGAGUUCGACAACAAGUGCGGCCAUUUGUUCAUACAGUCAUACCCAAACCAUAUCGGUGACAGCGCCCAGAUUGAUUUUUACCCAUCUCACAUAGUUCUAAAUAAUCCAAAGUCACGUGUUUGGCUUCGAGACAGAGUUUCAAUCGAAUUGGAAAAGGGAAAAUAUGAAGAGGUUUUCGAAAAAGAGAGACAAAUUUUCUCAUUUGUGGCUUUUAAUUUUACAAAGAAACACACGUACUCUCUUACUUGUAAGCACAGAGAGGAAGGUAAUACUCAAUUUAAUACGACAGACGGCUAUGUGGAAAAAAGUGACAACGUUGAAAGCACCAACGCCGUUAGUCUAUUCAUUGGUAAACCAGCUCUUGGGCCAAUGUGCAUGACAGAGCAUGUGUCCAGUUGCGUGUGUGUAGCUGUUGGAGACACAAUCGAUUGCAAGACGUAUUCAAGUAAUUCGUCACUGCACAUUGGUGAUGAACAUGAAUUUGUACCUAGGCGACUUUCUUCUUUGUAUGAUGAAACAUACGUCUUGAUGAAAAAAAUUAAUGACAGUUCGUAUCAUAAGCGCACUGUUUUGUGUUUUGCGACGUUUGGCCAUGAAUCGUACGUAUUCAACACUAGCGCCGCGAUAUGCAUUAUAGAACCUCCUCGCAAGUUGUACCUGUACGCACCUGUGGUCACAGAAGAUGAGCCUGCAAAUAUUUCAUGCGUUGCAUAUGACGCAAGACCAGCUCCGAAAUUAGAAAUUUACAUUGGUGAUGAUAAUAUACUAGAUGUCAAUACGUCACAUGUGUACGAUGCAACUUUGGAUCUAUACGAUACUGUAUUAGAAGUAGUCCGUUCUGCAAACAAAUCGUGGAAUAACAAAGUUAUACAUUGCAAAGCUUUAGUUUAUGAGCCGAUUAAAGGAACUUAUGUGCAGUCGGACUCAAGACAGGCUAUAUUCGAAUACAAAUAUCCACCUCAUUCUCUUAAAAUGACAUCACAACAAAGGCCGAUCAUGUAUUACUCGUUGCAUUCCUUCCAUGUCUGUUGCGAAAUGGACGAAACAAACGCAGAAUGCAAAAUUGAAUGGUCAACCAAAAUCCAGAAUGCUACACUAGAACGCAUUCGUUUUGGGCGGCUGCAAGGAGGACAGGACUGUAUCAAUGCAAUCCUUCCACGGGAAGCAAACGGACAAAGCAUACGUUGUGCUGUAAUCUGCUCUGAUGUCCGAGUUGAUUUGCAUCAGCAUUUUAUUGUCGAUCUUCCAAGAAACCCGGUUGUCAAUGUUCAUAAAACAAACUUCUAUAAUUCCAACAGCCAGUCCGAGAUGAUUAUUCUAAUUUGUGAGGUAGUUAGUAAUCCAGUGGCAAACAUUAGCUGGAUUUCCGAAAAUGGAAAUAAGGAAUACGCCGUCUGCACUUUGACUUCAGAAUGCGUGAUUCAGAUUAAUGCAUCUGUUGUUGAAAGACAGAACACAUUUGAAUGUGUAGCAGUCAAUAUUUACGGGGAAAGUAGAAACAGUAUAACAGUUGCUGCAAGUGAUACUUUUACCACAGUUACAGCACUCACGCUGCCAUGGAUGUACAUUGCGGCUGGUCUAGGCGCUGUAGUAAUACUGGGAUGUCUGGUCAUAGCAAUCGUUGUCGGCAUGAAGCGUGUCUCCAAACCCAAAAGAAAACACCCGCUAAAUAAGGUUGGUGAUCAAGAUGCAAUGGUAUUGAAUGACAUCCCAGAUCACAGUUACAGACCAGAAGCUGAAUACGAUGAAAUCGACGAUCCUUUGAGUACCCUACAGGCGGAGGUAUUUGUAGAGACAAGAAGUCAUCCAGUCCUUAAAACAUACGAGGAUCUUCGAAGAUCGAGCAGUGAUAAGACAGAGCAAUAUACGAGCGUAAAAUGAAUGUGUUCAAUAUGUAAAGAGAUGUUGAUAAUACAUUUCUCCGUUAUAAUUAUGUCUAUAUUCGAACACAUUUGUUUAAAAUAAACAUUUAUAAAUUAUGUUUCAAUCGCAAAUUAAAGCCCAACGUAUAUGAAACAAUGUUCUUAUACGUACCGUAUUGAAAGUGUGUGGCGUAUAUCUACGUAUGAUCAACGAAAAACUUUAUGAACGGCUUGUAUCUUGCGUACUUUGUGUGUAUUUAAUGAUUGUGAACGUAGUUAAGCUCGUUACCCUUUCGUCUUGGUAAAGACAAUAUGUCCUUUAAUGCUAAUUUAAGUAUAUUGUUCAUUUGCAUUCUUUUGCAUAAAUCACUAUAUGUUCACUGGAACGACAGCUGAUGGAUUGCAAUGUAAAUAACUAACGUAUUAAUUUUCAUAAGCAGUAUUUUUAAUGUUAAAACAUGUUUAACAUGACAACCCUCAGUAAAUGUUGUACUUCAGUGAUAUACCAGUUUGCCAGUGAUUUUGAAAUUACUAAAAAAAUAUUUUAUGGCUGGAUACAAAGCUGUAGCUGUGCCUGGAACAGGGACAUCCUAUCAUCAGUACGAUGCUCAAAAUUUAAAAUUUAAAAACACAAUUUAACGUUAUCUCGACAUAUCAAAUCAGCACAUAUAUACGGUUACACCUCUUUAAUACUUUCAUUCAAAGAACUGGUGGUUUACGCCUAUUUACAUUGGCCGAACUUCAAGCUGUUCCCAGAUUUAUUAACACAAUAUUUCAUGUUCAGCUUGACCGAAUUGUUAAAGAAUUCAUACCAAACAGCAAUAAUAUAAUUUUCAUUCAAAUUUAAGUAUCGUAUAAGGUUUUAACGGUCCUAUAUAUACCACAAUUGUAUGGAUUGUAUUGAAAUUGUAUAAGUACAAUCUUACCGACAUCAUAUGCAUAUGUAUAUUGUUCAAUACUAUCGAAUUUGUUUUAAUAAAGAUUAAAUAUU